GAUGAGGAAUCAUGGUGCCUGUGGAGAGUGUUACUGAGGGUCUGCUUCUGGCCAGACCCCGCCUGCCAGCCUUAGAAGGGAAGGCGGAGAAGUGGACCCUGGCUGCCUCUACUGCACAGCUCCAAGCUGAGUGGCUCCCAGUCCCGCUAGAGCGACAUGAUGGUGGAAUCUGCCUCGGAGACAAUCAGGUCAGCUCCCUCUGGUCAGAACGGCGUGGGCAGCCUCUCCGGGCAGGCCGAUGGCAGCGGCGGUGCCGGGGCUGCAGGUGCUGCUGGAGGCGGUGCGGGCAGGGACGCAGCUGCGGGUGCUGACAGCAAUGGCGAGAUGAGCCCUGCGGAUCUGCUGCACUUCCAGCAGCAACAGGCUCUCCAGGUAGCCCGGCAGUUCCUGCUGCAGCAAGCCUCCGGCCUGAGCUCCCCCGGGAACAAUGACAGCAAGCAGGCAGCCUCCGCGGUGCAGGUGCCCGUUUCGGUGGCCAUGAUGUCGCCGCAGAUGCUCACCCCACAGCAGAUGCAGCAGAUCCUGUCACCCCCACAGCUGCAGGCCUUGCUCCAGCAGCAACAGGCGCUCAUGCUCCAGCAGCUGCAGGAAUAUUACAAGAAGCAGCAGGAACAGCUCCACUUGCAGCUCCUCACCCACCAGCAGGCUGGGAAGCAGCAGCCCAAAGAGGCUCUGGGGAACAAGCAGCUGGCCUUCCAGCAGCAGCUCCUGCAAAUGCAACAGCUGCAGCAGCAGCACCUGCUCAACCUGCAGAGACAGGGGCUGGUCAGCCUGCAGCCCAGCCAAGCCUCGGGGCCCCUCCAGACCCUUCCACAAGCAGCCGUGUGCCCAACAGACCUGCCCCAGCUGUGGAAGGGUGAGGGUCCCCCCGGGCAGCCCGCUGAGGACAGUGUCAAGCAGGAGGGGCUGGACCUCACUGGCACGGCCACCACCGCUACCUCGUUUGCCGCACCCCCCAAAGUCUCACCCCCGCUCUCCCACCACACCUUGCCCAAUGGACAGCCCACUGUGCUCACACCUCGGAGAGACAGCUCCUCCCAUGAGGAGACCCCUGGUUCCCACCCUCUCUAUGGACACGGAGAGUGCAAGUGGCCUGGCUGUGAGACCCUGUGUGAAGACCUGGGCCAGUUUAUCAAACACCUCAACACGGAGCACGCCCUGGACGACCGGAGCACGGCCCAGUGCCGGGUGCAGAUGCAGGUGGUGCAGCAGCUGGAGAUCCAGCUGGCCAGGCAGAGCGAGCGGCUGCAAGCCAUGAUGGCCCACCUGCACAUGCGGCCCUCCGAGCCCAAGCCCUUCAGUCAACCACUGAACCCCGUGUCCGGCUCCUCCUCAUUCUCCAAGGUGACCGUCUCUGCAGCAGACUCCUUCCCAGAUGGCCUCGUGCACCCCCCCACCUCAGCUGCUGCCCCUGUCACCCCCCUAAGGCCUCCAGGCCUGGGCUCUGCCUCCCUGCACAGCGGGGGCCCCGCCCGCCGGAGGAGCAGCGACAAGUUCUGCUCCCCCAUCUCCUCAGAGCUGGCGCAGAAUCAUGAGUUCUACAAGAACGCAGACGUCCGGCCCCCCUUCACCUACGCCUCCCUCAUCCGCCAGGCCAUUCUGGAAACCCCCGACAGGCAGCUGACCCUGAAUGAGAUCUAUAACUGGUUCACCAGGAUGUUCGCCUAUUUCCGGAGAAACACUGCCACCUGGAAGAACGCCGUGCGGCACAACCUCAGCCUGCACAAGUGCUUCGUGCGUGUGGAGAACGUCAAGGGCGCCGUGUGGACCGUGGACGAGCGGGAGUAUCAGAAGCGGAGACCGCCAAAGAUGACGGGCAGCCUGCCCCUCAGCCAUGACGACGGGGGUGCCCCCGGGGAGCCGCUCCCCAGCAAUGGCAGCAGCACCCCACCUCGCCUCUCCCCACCCCAGUACAGCCACCAGGUGCAGGUGAAAGAGGAGCCUGCUGAGGCCGAGGAGGACAGGAGGCCCGGACCCCCGCUGGGACCCCCCAACCCCAGCGCCGCAGGGCCUGCCGAAGACAGGGACCUGGAGGAGGAGCUGCCUGGAGAGGAGCUCUCCUAAGGGCCUCGGGGGCAGGCAGGACGGGUGAGACCCCUCCUGGAACCCAGGUCCCUCUUACCCCACUCCACAGCCCCGCCCAGACCUCCAGGCACUUCCAGGACUCAGAUGGGGGCUGGGCCAGCAACUCCCAAUGUGGCCUGACUGACAGAGGGCAGGGACGUCCCGCCCCCCCAAGGGGAAACAGACCCCUGAUCUGGGACCGCAGAGGACACGGAGGGCCCAGGCCCCUCCUCACACCCUCCCCGCCACCAGCAGCAGCAGCAGCGCCCUCCUCCCCCACCAGCUCUCCCAACAGGGCCUGCAGCGCCACGGAGACCCGCAGGCGGGGCGAGCCACCCCCAGACCCAGGGCCCCUCACACCUGGCUCUGGCGGCGUUCUUCUAGCCAGAGGCCCGCACUUCCCUCAUCUGUGCUCCCCCCACCUUCUCCAUACUGUGAAGAAAAACUUCUCCACCCUGAUGCCCACCCGCCCUGGCCGGGCGGAGGAACUGAAGUUGCCAACCACCCCCCCCAAAGAAACCAGCCCCUCGCACGCCCACCCAGAGCCACAGCUGGGCCCCUGGGAGCAGGGCCACUGGCUGUAGCCCCUCCUCCCGACCUGAACUGGGACCCACUGACUGGCCUCUGCCCGUUGCUGGCUGCCCGCCCGCCAUCCAGGGAGCACAGGAAGAGGCCCUGUGCCCCUGCCGCCCCGGAGAGUCCCUGCCAGGCGGACUUCUGGACGCGGGGCCCAGGAAGGGAGCCCAGCCAUCCCGGAGGCUGGCUUCGGGGCUGACGUGGUGCCGGCCGCCUGUCACGGACUGACUGGUGGGGUUAGUUCAGUGGCUGCUGGGACCCAGCAGGUCACCCCGCCCCAGCCUCCAGGGCCCCAUUGCAGCCCUCCCUCGCCCGCCCUCAGCACCCCUCCCCUUCCCCCCAGUUAAACGGAUGACCAAAGACCUUUCUUAUGCCAGAAGCAAAAACCAAAACUUUUUGUUGGCUUUUUCCUUUGUCGCCUCCUCCACCCCCUGCUCCUCCGCUCCCCACCCAGCCCCAGGCUGGGAGCCUCCCUCCACUUAAGUUAUUGUUUUAAACCAAAGUUUACAGUGUCUGUUGGUGGCCAAGACCCUCUCCCUCCACCCCUUCCCCACCCACCCUGAGGACCCUGGGGCUGGGCAGGGGCUGGGGCCCUGCUCCCCUCCCCUCUGCUCGUGCCUGGCCUGGGAGAAGGAGAGGGCAGGGGGGGAGGAGGGCCAAGGCGGCCCCGCAUCCCCUCGGGCACUGGGCACCAGGACUGCUUCCUGGGGGCUCUCCAGACCCCUCUUUAGGACCAAGUCCCGUCCCACUGGGAGUGUGGAUUCCAGCCGAGGAGCUGGAAAACGUGACACUCCCCACAGACCCCCUAUGGGGGCCCCCACGGAGGCUGCGGACUGGGUGUGCUGGACGCUCGCCACACCCAGGCCAGGCCCCUUUGCUGAGAAGACUCCUUGGACUAUUCCCCAAGAAACCCCCACAUGCACCCCUUCACAGCACCCCUCCCGACAGGCAGGGGCCCGCCGCCCCCGCCCCGUGUACUCCCCACCUGUGUUUCGUUUGACCAGCACAGAAAUAUUAAACGUCCUCUAUACACCGGG